ACAGCUAUGAAAAUUUCAACACGAACAGUACAACGGGAACACUGAUCGACAACGUAUCGUAACGAAACAUAAACCAAAAUAACAAGAACGCACUCACGAACCAACAACAACAACAACAACUACAACAAAGCUCAUUAAAUAUUACACAGUUCAAACAAGACAACCACACAAUAGCAGCAACAACAAUAACAACAUCAACCAAAGCGACAAAAACAAAUAGGAACCGCAACAACAGUAACAAAAACAUAACUAUUAUACAUAUACAUACCGACGACGACGACGACACACACACAGAGGAACGUAUACAACACAAGAUAAAAGCGUACUUACAUACGCACACAUAUUCGAAGAAGCCAAGAAAAAAAGGAAAAAUCCUAUUGCAAACAUAUUGCCAACUAAGCGGACAAGUAGUAGACAAGAAAAACGAAAAAAAAAAUCGAAAAAUAGUUGUUCUACAAGAAAUAAAAACAGUUAUAACAAAAAAAAAAAAAAAACAGAAAUAUUAUUAACAAAACAGUUAGUUAUAUUACAAACAACAACAAAUUAAAGGCAACAUAAGUUAACACCCCUUCAAAGCCUUACAAGCAAAGCAAAAGGCGGGGAGGUCUGCGAAAAAAGGGGACAUCAAACCAAGCAACCAAUCUACCAACAACAAAAAACAACCGAAGAGAAGAGAAAAAAAUCAAUAAUUGCCAACCAGCCAAAAGGUUAAAGGCACACACAUUUCUCUCGUGCUGUUUGCUUCGACUGGUGGUGCAGGGGACACUGCUGUUAUCACUGCUAACGCUGCAGCAAUGACCGGCCACCAUAUGUUAGUGAGGAUAACCCCAAAUAUUCAUUAAUUUCUAAAACAUAAAAAAAGAUUUUGGAUCUGAAAUAUUCAAGUGCUCCCCUUUUUUUCUAAAAGAAGUACAAAAAUCAAAUUCCAAAACCUAAAAAAAAUCCCUAAAUUUCAAAACAAGUGCAAGUGCAGAAAAGGUAGUGAAAAAUAAAACCAACAAUAUGUUAACUGCUGUGGGUGGUGGAAUUUGCCUGAAAACACUUGUGGCCCUUGUUGUAAUGCUAAGCAUUCUGGGUCAAUGCGAAAUGUCAAUUUAUCCAGGCCUUCGUCGAAGACCACUACAACCAGCUCAAAGCUCAUCGUAUGAAGUCAAUUCGGACUUUUUGACGCAAUUGAUGGAAGAGAAUGCACGGCGCAGGCUGCAGCAACAGUUCGAACAACAUUUGGAGCUGAUCAAUUUGAAAUUGAUGCGACAGCGUCAGAGAGAGGAGCGAUUAAGAGAACGUUAUCGCCAACAGCAAUUGGCGGCAAUGGCAGCCGAAAAUGACGACGAUUAUGAUUAUGUGAGGAAAUAUAAAGAAAAUACCGAUGUCAAUACGGACAGUGUUAGCAGCAGCAGCAGUAGUAGUAGUGGUAGCAUCAACAACAACAUCGGAAACAGCAACAACAACAACAAUUUACAAUAUGUUGAACAAUACGAUAAUACAAAUCAAGAUUUCAGCUUCAAAUAUCCCAGUUUGGAAAAUAUUCACAAUCUAAGGGAUCGCAUUAAUUUCGCCGUCAAUCCCAACGAUCCGCGUUACUAUGAGAAUGUCGAUGAAAAUGCUGGCGGUUAUAUGGUGGGUAAUAUGGAGGCGGCCAAUGACAUUGAUGGCUUACGUGACGAAGAUGCUGGCGGCGAAGAUGAUGAAGUCACGGAUGGUGAAAAGGAUGAAGACUUAGAUUCCCAGGUUCUUGAUGAAUAUGAAGAAUAUACACCGCAAGUUGAUGCCAAUGGCAUUGAGGCGGAUGGCAAAGCAGCGGGUAAAUUAUCAGGUGACACUAUGAUAUUACCACCUCAACAAGCGGGCAUUGUUGGCCAGGGCAGUAAUCCCAAUUUCCAUCGCAUUAAACCGCAAUCUGUGUCGGCGGCUGCAGCGGCUGGUGUUAAUUCAAUAAAUGUGAAACAAGUCCAGGCGGGUGGUGUGGCACCAGCACGUCAAGACAUGACGUCGUUAAUUGAUAAAUUACAUCCGAAAGGUGAUCAACUGACACCGGGUGUAAUGGAUGGCUCUGGCGAUGGCCACAUGGUGGUGCGCGAGCAUUUGGGUAUGAAGGGUGAAAUGGGCAUGUAUGUUGUGGCUUUAAUAGCGGGAGUGAGUGCAGCAGCUACUGUGGGCUUGUUUGUUCUAGGCAUAGCAUGGUAUACAUUCCACAAUAAGAGCAAAGCUGCUGCUGACGUUGAUUAUCCCGCCUAUGGUGUUACUGGCCCGAAUAAAGAUAUUUCCCCCUCCGGUGAUAGGAAACUGGCCCAAAGUGCACAAAUGUAUCACUAUCAGCAUCAGAAACAACAAAUAAUUGCCAUGGAGAAUCGCCAAAACAAUGAAGAGAACUGUGAAAUGUCCUAUGUCGAAAGUGACGAUGAUAAUGAGGAGGGUGAUUAUACGGUCUAUGAAUGUCCUGGUUUGGCACCGACUGGUGAAAUGGAGGUGAAGAAUCCGUUAUUUUUAGAUGAUACACCAGUUACACCAUCGUUGGGUAAUCAUCCUAUAACUCAGGUUUCGGCACAACAGCCAUCGGUUAAGAAAAUAUUCGAAAAAAGUCAACAACAGACAACCACAAGUGCUGCAGCAACGUCAUCGUCAGCAGCACCAUCGAAUGUUGCGGCAACGUCUUCCGAUGAUAAGAAAUCCAAGAAGUCAAAGAAAUAAAUUUGUUAAAAAUUCAAAAACAAAAAAGUCGACACAAAUAUUUUCUUUCUUAUUCUUUGUGCUGUAAAAAAAUAAAUGAAAGUUGAGAUUAUAAUUGACCAAAUUGUUAAACGGAAUUUCGGCACAUUUUACGUUUUUUCCCGAUCGUGUAAUUUUAAACACAAUUAACUCUUAUAGCUUUAAAUAUGACCCAAAAACACAUUAAAAAACACGUAGGAGAAAUAUAAAUUCUGUUAAAAUGAGAAAAUUGAAGUUAAAUGACAGGAAUUUAUUACUUUUUACGUGUGAAACUGGACUUUUGAUUAAAACAGAAUCAAAGCAUAACGUCAAAAGGUAUACUUACAUUUCAACGCUCAAAAAGACAAAGUCCACCAAUUUGUAGCGCACUGUUUGUACUUCAAAUUUAACUUUUGACAGACUACCAUUACGCAACGUUUACAUCACGUUUGUUUAAAGGGUCACAAUUUCUUUAAAGGCUUGUUUACACUAAACUUGUUUUAAUAAAACUUAUCAUUUAUAUGACAUAUAUAUGUGCAAUGGAAUUGGCAGGUUUGAUGAUGAGUUUUAUUUUAGCCAGUUCGAUGUAAACGUAGACUAAUAUUUUCUAAAAUUAAUAUUCUAUGCAAUUGGAAAUUACUACAAAGUAAAAAAAAAAUACUGAGUAAAACUCAUUAUUAACGAGAACAUAAUAAACACGACAAGAAGUAUAAUAAAAAAUCUAAUUAAUUUUCAGUGCUAAUAAUGAUGUUGCUUAUUUAAAAAAUAAUUAUAAUAAUUAUAUAUGGAAUAUAAUUCCUAUGAAAGCUAAUUGAGAAAUUUUUGUUAAACAAAUUAUAUUUAAUAUAUAAUUUAACUUUUCUCUAAAGUCCCAAUGCGAAAAUUAAAAUCUUUUGUAUACAAUUAAGUUUUAAAACUUUUUCAAAGCGACGUUUACAUUAAAGCGCAAUUUGGGCAACAUCUUCAAUGGGAUUUAGUGCACGAAAAUGUGAACGCCGCAUUAUUAUGUUCGUAAAGCUCUCCCAAUUUUAACAAAUAUUAAACUCUCCACUCUCUCACACACUUUUCUUCCUUAACUAUAAGUGUAACCAUAAAACAACCAUUUAUUAACAUCAAAAUCAACAAAACCCAAACUUAAAACAAUCUAUAUUGAUGUUGAACAACUAAAACCAAUCAAACUAAUAACAACCAAACAAAUCUAAACAAUUAAAAACUCAUUAACAAUUUUUCAACAUUUCAAUAACUCCACAUUAUAAUAACUUAAUUUACUCUUUUUUUUUUAAAAUAAAACCAAACACACAUAAGUAUACAUACAUUUUUCAUACUUCUCUUCAUACAUACAAACAAAAAACGGAACUAACUAAAGGAACUGUGUGUAAAUGCAACUCUGUAUUAGUUGGGUAAAACUACGGCAUAUUGCAGAAAGACUUGGUUUAUACCUUACAUGGUUGAAUAAAAAGCAACAUUUAAAUUAUCAUUUCCAUUAAAUAUAUGUUAAAUUACUACUUUUUUGUGGAAUCCUGCUUCAAAUCAUCUUUAUAUAAACCAGUGCACUAAAAGUAUGUUUGGACUUAAGGUGAGAAUACAUAAAAGGAUAUUUUGACUGGCUUAAGUCAUCGACUGGCUUCUUGGUAAAAGAGCAAGGGAAUUUUAGUUUGGUUAAUUUAUACUUAUAAACCCCACGCUCCAUUGUUCUUUUACGAAAAAGCCAGCCGAUGACUUAAGCCAGUCAAAAACGCCUUUUAUGUAUUCUCACCUUUACUUUAUCGAGUGGAUUUCAAUAACAAUUCAAUUACGUAUGCGUCUAAUAAAAUCGACUCUCAAAUCCAGUGGAUUUCAUUUGAGGUAUAUUUGACAACUGAAAUCUUCGCAAAAAAAUUAAAGUAGAAAUCCAUUUGGUUUCGUAAAUGUAAACAUGCUUUUAGGUGUCAUCCAUGGUAGAAGAAUGCGCUUGGAACAUUGAUAUGUCAAAAAAAUUAAAUGUUACCUCAAACAUAAGUAGAUUUUUAUAUGUUUUCUUAUAUGACGUCAUUCAAAGGUUAUUAUAAUUCGCAUUUUUCAACAAUUUUUACAAAUUUAAAUAAUUUUUCAUUCAACAUUUUCAAUUCCAAAAUUGCAUUGACAGUUCAUUGUCCCAGCAGCUGUUCGCAGAUGCGACUACCUGUAUGCUUCUACCAUGCCUGUCAUAUGUUGAACAUAUAUGGCAAUUAAUAAAGUUACCUGGCCACACACAAAGUUUGCAUGUUCCAUUUUAAGAAAAUGCAAUUUCCUAUGAUAGUUUUCAAAAUAAAACACGAUUAAUUAAAUAAAACCUAUUUUAGAGGAAAGUAUAAACAUUGUCCAAGCGAUUUUUCAAAAUAUAUUUUUUUAAUUUUGUUUUCUCCAUGACAAAUAACAAAUUACAAAGCCAAGGCCUGAAUUUUUUCAUCAUCAACAUUGAUCAUUUCAAUGCAAUGUUGCAUUUACACGCAGACCAACUUUUACAUUUAUAUAUACAUAUAUAUGGUUAACAUAUAUAAAUUUAUAUAUACAUACAUACAUAAAACAACAACACAAUAUUAACACUUAACAGUUUAUCCGAGCCUCUACUUUUUAUUCAUCUCUUUAAACAAAAAUUAAAAUAAAAUACAAAGCUUUAUUUAAUUACAACAAUACCAAAAAAGAAAAGAACAAAACAAUUAUUAAAAAAACAUAACAUUUUGCCUUCAUGACAUUAAAAAAAAAAAAUAAAAAAAAGAACAUACAAAUGCAAACCUAACAAAAGAAACAAAUAAACAAACAGAAAUUUCAAAAUCUAAACCAAAUGUACUAUCAUGCGACAAAUUAUGUGUUAUAUAUUUAUAUAUGAAAGAUAUACAUAUAUAGAAAUGAACAUGCAAACAAAAUAAAUACAAAUAAUUUAAAUGAAGUGUGUAUAUGAAAGGAGAAACUGUUGUAGCUAUAUGCGAUAAGAUGGCGGAAAUGGGGACAAGGAAAUAUUGAAUGCGAUUAGCAGUGUUUACAUUCCAUUUAUUGGUAUAACAAUCAGCUGAUGUUACCUUACAAUUUUUAUGUAAUUAGGCAUUAAAGAAGAAAGUGAAAACAAAACACUGUUAUACAUUUGAUAAGCAGCCCUUAACAGAGGGUAUCGAUAAAUUUCAUAAUUAGAAGAAAAUUUCCAAAUCAGUUCAAAAUAUUUCUAUUCCCAAACGAGAGAUUAUUUACUUUGAGUGGCCAUAUUGAUGUGUGGCCUGCUAUCUUUAUUAGUUGACUAUCUAAUAUCGUCAUGUGUGAAUAGGUAUUAAGAAGAUUACAUUUAAUGUCAUUAAUAGUAUGUUUACAUGAAAAUAAUUAUCCAGAUUAACCCGAUAUUCACAAUAAUUAACAAUACAUUUGUUUUUAUUGGUAAAUUGUCACGGUUUAUCCGGGUAAAAAUGUUGCAUGCAAACUCACUGCAAGGGUGUUUAUAAUAUUGUUGGAAACAUAUGCUCCCAUAGAUAAUAAUAGAUAAUUUCCAUGGUAGAAUAAAACAGGUAACAGCAAGUGUUGUUGUACAAUAAUCUUAACAACAACCGCAUACAAAUUUGUUUUUGUAAGUAAUACAAGUGUCAGAGUUAUGUGUCCAAAAAUGUAAACAAAAUAAUUGUCAAUAAAUUAUUUUAGUUUCAAAAAUAUACAUUUUUGGAAUUUGGAUUAUUAAAUUGAAAAUGCAAGAGAAUGCUUCUUAAAAUAUUAAAUUGUAAUGCUCUCACUUCAUUCCCCUGAAUGUAUAGUUGUUAGGUGUUCGUCCUAAUCUCUCAACACUUCAAGCAAUCCAUGGUAGAAAAAUACAGAUAGAGCAUUGAUAUGUCAACAAUUUUUAAAUUUCUUUUCAAAUAUAAGUAGAUUUUUAUAUGUUUUCUUAUACGACGUCAUUCGGAGUAUAUUAUAAUAGUCGUUUUUCAACAAUUUUUACAAAUUAAAUAAGUUUUCAUUCAACAUUUUCAAUUCCAAAUUUGCUUUGACAGUUCAUUGUCCCAGUAGCUGUGUCGAUGCGUCUACCUAUAUUCUUCUACCAUGACGCAAUCGCGGAAAGGCAACAUUCCUUUCAAUUUGAAACCAAACAUCAAACAUACAUAAAGUAUUCUAUAUUUUGCAAUUUUAGGACACCUGAAAUAUACGAAUAUAUUAUCUAACGUGGUGUCGCUGUUUCUUAACCGCAAAAAAAGUUUCCGAACCAUAGCCUUUGGCAUUUUGUUAAGUACAACGGCGAUUAUUUCUAUUGUCAAGCAAAAAAUGUGUUUACAUUGCCCUGCAGUGAAAUUCUAUAUCAAAAAGGGUAUACCUAUUGUAUAUUAAGAAAUAGAAUUAAAUCACAAAACGUAAAAUCGAGUAAUAAUUAUACCAUGGAUAAUGUCAUGAAAUAAAUGUGUUUCUUUAAAAUCUUCAUGAAAUUGGGCGAAAAAAACAAAAUAAUUGAUAGGGUCUAAUAUUACGUCUACACUAUCAAAUGGAUUUCAACUGUCAAUUCCACUUGGUGUAUGUCAAAUGCAAUCUGCUCUCAAAUCCAGUGAAUUUCAUUUGAGUUUUGGAAUUGACAGUUGAAGUCAUCUGUAUAUCCAUGAAAUGACAAUAAUCAAUGUAGGUUAUUUUUUCAUCAAACGCAAUUUUCAUCAAACGCAUUGCAAUAAAACGCGAAAUUGAGAGUAUCAAGAGAAUGUCACAAAACGAUAUUUUUCAAAAUUUCUGAACAUUUUCUAAUAUUUUUUUUUGAUCGCAUUUUGAAUCGUCUCUCUAUUAAUUUGUCCCCAUUUGCCGUAAGUGAUGUAUAAAUUAGAUAAAACUUGAUAAUUAGUGUAAAAAUGGAUACUUUAUAGCAUAAAUAUUAAAUUUUUUCCUUUUCGAUUCUUGAAUACUUGUAAACAUGUAUCACUCUAUUAAUUGCUCAUUUCCAUUACAUAACAAUAUUAUUUAAAAACCAAAUACAACUCCCUUAAAUAACAUAAUAAUAGUGAAACCAAAAACUGAUAAGCCAAAUCUGUUUGAAAAAAAAACAAACAAUUCCAAACUUCAUGCAGUAUCUCAAAUCUGAAAGCACUUAAAAGUUGAUUUUCUUUUUUUUUUUCAAACUAACAAAACCAACUGAAACACUUUAUGUAACCAAAUGACUUAAUGCUAAUAUUAUGAACAAACCAAAAACAGGCAACUAAAGUUGUGCAAGUCUUUCUUUUUUGUAGUAAAACCAACUAAAUAUUAUUAUAUAUAUAUUUAAAACCAAACAAAGAACUACAACAAUUUUUUAUAACUUUUUUCUAUAACAACAACAAAACUAAAAAUCCAAACAAACAAUUUAUUAAAUGUGUAUAGAUUUAUUAUAAAUAAAUUAAAAAAAAAACAAAAACAAAUAACUAACAUACAUUUUUUUAAAUACUUUAACUAAAUACCAAAACAACUUUUGCCCUCUAAUGUAAAACUUUGGCAUUUCAUUUAAAAAAAAAAAACUAAAACAAAAAUUAACUUUUUAGAACUUAAACAACAAAAAACAACAUAAUAUUUACUAAAUUUAAAACCAAACCAAAAAAAGAUCCUACCAUACAAUUAUUAACAACCCAAAAAUCCUGAGCGAAUCAAUUAUUUUUGUUUAUUCAAAGAAAACUAAACCAUUUUUAAUUGGAUGCGAAAUGUUUAAAGUGAAAAUAAAUUUAUUGGAACAUAAUGGGAAAGCAACAGUUACGAAUAUCCUACAAUGAAUCAAAAAAAAUCUGUGUCAAUUUCAAACGAUUCAAUUGAUUUUGUUUUGAAAACAAAUUGUAUUUUACUUUACACAAAACACUUAUAUUUAUUACGGCAUAACUAACGUAUAUACAUAUAUUUGUUUUUCCUGUUUAAAACAUAACAAAGAAACAUUUAAUACGAAUAUGUUAAACAUUUAAUGAUUUACUUUAAUGUAACAAAAAACAAAGAAAAACAAAUAUGAUGACUGUUAUAAAAAAAUGUUAUUUAAGAAGUAAAUAAAACCCAAACUGUUAUACAUUUGAUAAGCAGCCCUAACGAAAGAGUAUCGAUAAAUUUGUCCGUAUAAUUAGAAGAAUAUUUGCUAAUCAGUUCUAUGUCUAUUCGCAAACACGUUUUUGUUGUACAAUUCUUGCAUGGAGAGGCCAUAUUGAUGUGUGGCCUGUUAUCUUUAUUAGUUGACUACUAAAUAUCGCCAGGUGUGAAUAGGUAUUAGGAAGAUUAAAUUUAAUGUCAUUAAAAAUUUGUUUACACAAAAAUCUUUAUCCAGCAUAUGUCUGAGAAUCGCCAAUCACAAAAAUAAAAAAGUAUUUGUAGUGAUUUAUUAAUUGUCACGGGUAAUUCGAGUAAACAUUUUGUAUUUAAACUUACUACAAGGGGGUUUCACAGUAUAAUAUAUUAUUGGCAAUAUAUGUUGUCUCUCACACAGGAAAUUUCAUGAUAUAAAUUUUAGCUUCUCCUCCGCCUAAAAACGAAUAAUUUUAUGAAAGAUGUAUACUAUUUCUUUUAUGGAUCUAUAAUGGUAGAAGAAUACAGAUAGAUGCAUCAACGCUUUGGAACAUUGAUAUGUCAAAAAUUUAAAAAUAUUAUUUCAAAAAUAAGUAGAUUUGUAAAUGUUUUCCUUUACGACGUCAAUUGGAGGUUGUUAUGACAUGCAUUUUUCGACAAUUUUUACAAAUUUCAAUAAUUUUUCAUUCAAAAUUUUCAAUUUCAAGGUCGGUUUGACAGUUCAUUUUCCCAGCAGCUGUUUUCAAUAAUUUUCCAUUCAUAAUUUUCAAUUUCAAGGUAGGUUUGAGAGUUCAUUGUCCCAGCAGCUGUGUCGAUGCGACUACCUGGAUUCUUCUACCAUGGUUUGUGUGGAGCCAAACUAUCAUCUAAUUUAUAGAGGAUGAAUGACAAACUUCACUGAGAAAAUCCAAUACCUUUGAGAAUGUAUCCAAAAAAACUUAUACUCUGUUCCCGAGCCUUCAAGAAUCUACUAGUCUUGCAUUUUUUAGAUAUAAUGAAGGAAUAACAUAUUUAGGUUCUUGAAGUUUCUGGAAAGGAACUCAAAAAGGCAUUAGCUAUAAAGUCCCGAUCUACCGAUGAUUCGAUAAGAGAUUUAUGUUUUCGACAUUUAUAGCACGUUUGACGUGCUAUUGCAUAUAAGUCAAAUAAGUUUUAGUAGAGUAGAUUAACCCUGCAAAAAGUUUUAAUGUAUACAUACUAUUAACAUGAUAUAGGAAAUCCUCAGAAUCAUGGUAGAAGAAUACAGGUAGUCGAUUCGACACAGCUGCUGGACAAUGAACUGUCAAACCGAUUUCGGCAUUGAAAAAUGUUGAAUGAAAUUUAUAAAAAUUGUUGAAAAUUUCAUAUUAUAACAACAUCCGAUUUGCGUAGUAUAAAAAACAUAUAAAAAAUGUACUUAUUUUUUACAAAACAUUUUAAAAAUUUUGACAUAUCAAUGUUCCCAAGCGUUGAUGCAUCUACCUGUCUUUUUCUGCCAUGCUCAGAAUGUCUUGGAAGUUCCUUUCAAACUCUCUUCAUCCACCGCUGUUUGUCCCUAUUAGAUAGAUACGCCUUUUGACAUCAAAUUUAAUCUCUUAAUAACGAUAUAAACCGUUGAUAGAAUCUUUUCCCUUUUUCUCCAAAAUACUACUACUUUUAGAAAUUAAAGUUUUGUCUUCUCUCUAUGUACAACUGAAAACAAUGCUUACAUCUUCUAUAGAAGCAAAAACCACAUAAAAAUGCGAAAGAAAUUUUUAAGUAAAAAGAAGCUCAAAGACAAUAUCAACAGGUGUUACCAAAAAUAAAAAAAUUACAAAUAAAUUUAAAAUUAAAAAGGAUAUAAAAACCAAAUAGGAAAAGAUUACCAGAAGAAAUAAACAGUAGAAUUUCUAAGAUAAUCCUGAAAUGUUAAAACUCAGUCUGAAUUAAAACCGAUGAAUAAAAGGUAAAACAACAACAUAAGCAGAAACACGACGUUUUUU